UUUGGGUCUGUUCAUUGUAAGGCAAGGGGAAAGCUACAAAUAAUUCUUACAAGACUUUAUUUUCAAUGGAUAUCAUCUCCAAGUCUACACCUUAAAACGUGCAUCUCAGUAGUUUUGUGCCUGCUUAGUAGAAAGAAAAGGCUCCACCAUUUCCUUGCACUCUUUACCUGAAACUCCACGGCGACCAGGUCGGGCGAAAGGAGGAGGCGGUCCUUCCUCGUCGGUUUAUUCACUUCGCCGAGCUCCGCGCUCCGCCUCGCCGAGGCCUCUGACCCGGAUGCGCUUUGCUUUGCCUCGGCCUUCCUAUGCGGGACGGCGGCGGCGGCAGCGAGGGCGCUGCUACCGGUGGUAAACUACGGUGGCAGCAGCCCGAAGAUGGCUGAGUCCCCGGAGGAGGUGGCCGUGCUGGUGCAGCGGGUGGUGAAGGACAUCAACAGCGCCUUCAAGCGCAACCCGCACAUAGAUGAAAUUGGAUUAAUCCCCUGCCCUGAAGCCAGAUAUAAUCGAAGCCCAAUAGUUCUGGUUGAAAACAAACUUGGAGUGGAAAGCUGGUGUGUCAAAUUUCUUUUGCCCUAUGUCCAUAACAAGCUUCUUCACUACAAACUAAGAAAGCAGUGGCUCAAUAAAGAAGAGCUGAUAGAUAUCACAUGUACCUUGUUGUUGCUGAACCCAGAUUUCACCACUGCAUGGAAUGUAAGAAAAGAAUUGAUAUUGUCUGGCACUUUAAACCCCAUUAAAGACUUACAUCUUGGGAAAUUGGCACUAACCAAGUUUCCAAAAAGUCCAGAAACAUGGAUUCAUAGACGAUGGGUUCUGCAAUAUUUAAUCCAGGAAAACUCCUUGCCCACUCUUGUGACUAAAGGGAACUUAGAAGCAUUACCCACAGAAAAAAUACAGCGGCUGGUGAAAGAAGAAAUGGAUGUUUGUUGUGAUGCUGCUGGACGAUAUCCAAGUAAUUAUAAUGCCUGGUCCCAUCGUAUCUGGGUGUUACAGAAUUUGGCAAAGCUUAAUACAAAGAUUCUCCUUGAUGAACUUUCUUCCACUAAACACUGGGUCUCCAUACAUGUUUCAGACCAUAGUGGAUUCCACUACCGUCAGUUUCUAUUAAAAUCUUUGAUUGUCAGAACUGGGACUGAUUGUAUUAUAAAGUUAUGUGAUCACCCAACCAAUCAACAAACAUCCUGUUUUCCAAAAGAUGAAGCAGAUGAAGGUGCAGAAGCUUUUUGCAUCGAAAAACAACAGCCAGAUCACUCGCUGUAUCUGAAAGAGGAAAUAGAGCUCUGCACUGAUUUAAUUAACACUUAUCCAGGGCAUGAAACAUUGUGGUAUCACAGACGUCAAGUCUUCUACCUUCAACACCACUUAAAGAAGUGUCCAGUUCCAAACAUCUGGUCAUCAACUUCAAACAAUAGUGAUGGAACAGUUAAUAAUUCACAUCCUCAUGUUACAACUGGUCAUACCACACAAGCCAUGGAUGUUGACGGCUUAACGGAAUGCAACAAACAAGGCUACAGUCAAGAAACCAAGCGCCUGAAGCGGGCUCCUAUGCAGGACUGUAUCAACGUGGAAGAAGAAUAUAAGUUCAUCGAUCACGUUUUGUCUACGUGUAGGGAGGAGGAUCAGGCAAGGUUUGCAAGUUCAUAUAGAAAAUGGCUAGUUUCUUUUCUAGGCCAGUGAAGAUCUUUUAAAACUCUUUAUGGUCUUUGUUUAGUGCAAUAUCCUCUUUACAGACAGGUAUACUUAGGACCCCUGGCACUUUUCACCCUUCUGUUAUUCCUGCCACUGCUAAACUUCAUUUACUGAUGUUGGGUUUAGUUCUAUUUAUAUUUUUAAAAGCCACUUUGUGUUAAUUUUUAUGGAUCUUUGUAGGAUAGCCCCACCUAAAAAGGAACUGUUUGGUGUUAGUAUAAAUUAAGUGCAAAUUUUAAAGUCACUAAUAUAACUGGAGUAAUAGGAAAACAGAUAGAUCUACUGGUGAACAAUGAUUUCAUUCCUAAAUACCUCGUCCAUAAUAAAUACACCUAAUCAAAGUCAUUGGUCGGUGAAAACAAUGGAAAAUCAUUCAGCAUGAUGAUGUCAAAAUGGUUUUGAGUACAAGUCUUCAUCUUAUAAUUGCAUUGCAUCACUGCUCUUCUGAACUCUUUUUAUUUCACAUUUGAAUUGCUCUGAUAAUCUUACAGUCCGAUGACUUUUUAUUAUUAUUAUAGUGAAAGUGGGAUAUGCUUAUGUGAAAUUGGAUAGUUUUGUAAAAAAAAAAAAAGUCUACUAAACUAAAACUAACUAGUUCAAUAUAAGAACACUGGUAUUUAGGGUUUUCUCUGGCUUUUGUGAAUUUGGAGGCUUUCAUGAAUUUAAGGUUGGAAGAUAUGGAAAUAUAAGAUGGUGACCAAGGAACAAAUUUCUAUCUAAUCUUAUCUGCAAUUUUCUUGGCACAUGCAGAUUUUUCCAUUCCUAAAAUAUAAAAGGUGUUUCAUACUUGGAUUUUAUUGUAUGUGAUGAUAUAUAUGAUAGGUACAGGGUAUGAUAGACAAUGCUGACCAUCAAUGUUAUCUUUGUAAUGAUGUUUCACUUAAUGGACAAUCUACCAUGCACUGGGGCUCAUUCAUCUUUCAUUUAUUGCAACAGGGCCACAUAUGGCUCCUUUGCAAGACCCAUUUAAAUCAUUUGAGGAAGUACAGUGCUCAACAAAAUGAUGUGCUUGUUUGAGUUUUCUUCAGGUUAUCCACGUAAAUGUGGACAGGAAAGAAGAAAAUGCAGAGGCAAGACUAAAGUUGUUCAUGUUUCUGUGCUUCAGCUGGACUGAGUUUGUGAAGGCUUUCGAAGAGAUUAAUGGAAUAUGACUUGAAAUCCAUUUUUGCUUUAUUUAUUUGUAGUUUUAAGCUGAAAUUCAAGUUAGAUUUGCUGCACUUAUAUGGAGGCAACUGUAGCUCUUCAGUUUGGCUGCCCUUUCAUUAUAGAAUAAAGUAAAAUUCUAUCUUUAAAUUUGCAUUUGUACUUCCCAGGGAAAGCACAUGGGAUUUUAUAUGCAAUAAAAUCAAAUUCCAAGUCUGAAAUUAAAUUGCAGAGUAUUUCUGUAUUUUAACCUUUGCUUGUAGCUUGGGUAUCUUUGCAGGGUAUCUUUGCAGGGUUUACAGAAAUAUAACCAGAAUGACUGAAGAAAAGUGUAAUUUUAAGAUUCAGAGAAAUAACAGAUGAACAAUUCCAUUAGAAAUGGAAAAACAAACAAUAACCUGCCUUUUACAGCCCUAACUGCAUAAUAUUAAGGGCCUGUUGCAAGCAAACUGGAAGUUAAAUAAAUGAGCAUAGCAAGCAUGUUUUCUGAAAAGGGAGUUUGUCUAGAAUUACAAAUUCACACAAAAACAUGACAGGCAUCUCUAAACGCUAUACAUCGUAUUUAUUUAGAGUAUAGAUGAAAUCUUCUGAAGUUGGAUUAAUUGAGAAUCCAUUUGUGAACACUAAUUUGACUGGUUCCUUUGAAGUCUCAGAAUAGGAAAAAUAGCAUACAAGAAUCACGUAUAUUUAACUAUGCCUCUGGGCGCUAGUGCUUAUUACCAUACAUUAAAGGUACCUAGCAGAGCUCUGCACUACUAAAUAGCAAUAUAUUAAGCAUUUAGCAUGUCAGAAGUCAAAAUACUGAGACCUAAUAACUCAACCAUGACGCUAGUGAGGAAACACUAUCCAAUACCAAGUGUUUCUUCAUAAAAUUUAUUAAUUGUAUCAAUGCAAGCACACUACAAGCACCACAGAGUAUAGUCCAUGGAUGGUGUUAAGAAUUCAGUGUUAUAAUGCAAUCCUAGUUGGCUCUGAAAAUGAGGCACAAAGUGCCUCCACUAGAAGGAUUCUAGAGGAUUCAUUAUUUUAUUAAUCUCACAUCCUAAAUUUUGUUAAUCUGCAAAUAAGCCAACAAACUAGUAUAGGUAACUGAGUAAUUUAAAUUUGGCUUAAAAUGAACUGAAGAAAGGAAAAGUUAAGCUGUUCCACAUUCACUCUUAUGUCAUGGACAAUGCUGACCUCAACUAAUUGCAAGUAGUAUGAGUUCAGUAGAACUCUAAACAAGUAAUCUAAUUCUCCCCUAUUCACACUUACAUAUUUAAAGGUUAACACCUCCCUCCCCAAUGACUGGUAUUGGGAUACACACAGUUUAAUCAGUCUCUCUUCAGCUCAUUAGGCUAUUUUGCUCACUUGUAAAUGACUGCUCCUUUGCUGUUUGCUAGAUUGCAUCACAUUUGAACCAUACAUUUUUAGUUAUCCUUAUAUAAUUGAUAAGAGCCUAUGCUAUCUUUUUGUUAAGUGUAAACUGCAGAUGUUUGUGGAUAUCAUGGGGUACUUCAAAAAUUAAAAUCCCUUUUAAAAAAGGGGUACCCAACUCCUGGUCCCUGGCCCAGUACUGGUUGGGAACCAGGCUGCACAAGCGGCAGGCAAGUAUGCAAAACUCCAUUAGUGCAACCGGCAGGUGUGUGUGUGAAACCAUCCUCUUACCCCUCUCCCCGCUGAACUGCUGAGCUGGAAAUGUUAGAGACCACUGCUUUAAAAUAGUAAAUUAGGAGAUCAACAUAAGCAAACAAAACCAAUAAGUACAUCAUUAUUUGUGAAUUGAUCUAAAAAUUAACUCUUCAUCUCUGAUACCUGCUCAGAUAUAAUUGCUAGUAUUUUCGGGAUGACAAUUGUACCACAGAUACCAUUGAGAUAGUUUAACUUUUACUAGCCUUUAUAUCAUUUUCCCCCCAGUUUUUCCAGUUUCAGUAUCAGUUUUGAUACUGUUUGCAUCAUACUAACCAUCUGCUAAACAUUUACUUUUAACUCUGUAUUGUGAAAGCAGAAUGCCUUCUAUGAGUACAGGUAGAGUACAGAUAUUUCUUGACUUAAAACCAUUCGUUCAGUAACCAUUCAAAGUUACAAUGGCACGGAAAAAAGUGACCUAUGACUGUUCUUUAAAUUUUGAGAUUGUUGCAGUAACCCUGUGAUCACAUGAUCAAAAUUCGGACACUUUACAACUGGCUCAUAUUUAUGAUGAUUGCAGUGUCCCAGGGUCAUGUGAUUCCCUUUUGCCACCUUCUGACAAGCAAAGUCAAUGGGGAAGCCAGCCUCACUGAACUGUGUUACUAACUUAACAACUGCAGUGAUUCAACAACUAUGGAAAGAAAGAUCGUAAAAUGGGGCAAAAUUCACUUAACAAUAAGUAAAAAUGUGUCUCUCUUAGCAAUAGAAAUUUUGGGCUCAAUUGUCAUAAGUCAAGGACUACCUGUAUUUCUCAGUAGGGGUAAAUAGGCUUGUCUUAAUAAAUAAAGAAUUGAAAGGUUUGACUAUUUCAAAAGCUUUCUUGAUAGUUACAUUAUCCCACCCCCCCACCCCCACUUAUUGCUUUACAUUAAGUAGCUAAAACGCUGAGCUUGUCGAUUGAAAGGUCAGCAGUUCGAAUCCCUAGUGCCAUGUAAUGGGGUGAGCUCCCAUUACUUGUCUCAGCUUCUGCCAACCUAGCAGUUUGAAAGCACGUAAAAAAUGCAAGUAGAAAAAUAGGGACCAACUUUGGUUGGAAGGUAACAGCUUUCUGUGAACCUUUGACGUUUAGUCAUGCCGGCCACAUGACCACGGAGACAUCUUAGGACAGCACUGGCUCUUUGGUUUUGAAACGGAGAUGAGUACUGCCCUCUAGAGUCAGGAACAACUAGCACAUAACCUUUACCUUUAAUGUUCAUCACAGGCAGAAAAUGAUGCUGAUCCUUUUAAUAAGGUCUGUAUGAAUGUAAACAACACCCAACAGAAGCCAUUGAUUUUGAGCUUUAUGUUUGCAGCAAUGGUUGAUCUGUUUUUCCCUGCUUAUUACAACUGACAGAGUGUAUAUACAUUGUUUUUAAAUAGUUUUGUUUAAAUGAAAGAAUUAAAGGAGAAUUUAAGCAAUCUACUUAAGUUAUUAUGAGACAUACUGUUAGCUCUAUGUAGAAAACAUCAGAAAAAUAUCAGAAAAAUUAUGCUUUAUUAUUAAUUCGCCUUAUACCUUAGAUCUGCUUUAAACCUGCAGUUCAUUACCUCUCUAUAUCUUAUCUGGAAUAUUAUUUGCAUAAUAAUGCAGUUUGUAACUCUUCUAAGAAAAUAAAUUUGUCUGCCAGUAUUAGGAAAUGACAGUGUACAGUUAAAUCUAAUAGCCUGGUUUGGAAAGUUAUUCAGUGGUUUCCAUUGAAAAUAGUAGCAUUUUUUGAUAAUAUCAACCAAAAAAAAAAUCACUUCCAUUUUACAAUCUUUUCAAACGGCAGAACUUAGACUGCCAACUUUUAUUUGUCCUAGGUGUUUCAAGUGAAAAAUGGAUGUGAAUUGUACAUGCACAUAUAGACCAGUGUUUCUGAGGUUUGGCAACUUUAAAGGUGUGGACUUCAACACCCAGAAUUCCUCCUGUUUUAAAGUUGCCAAGCUUGAGAAACACUUACCUAGAUACAUUCCCUCAAAUGACAGAAUUUCUGUUGGAUUUUAAAUGCUUUUUGAUAAAAAGCUGGGGCAUCCAAUACUCUUAAAAUGUUUUGAGGCAGCUUUUAUUGAACAAAGCCAGUACUCGUUGAUGAGACAUUUUUCUCCCUUGCUGUGUUUAAUUUGAUGUGUCCUAAGUUGUUUCCUUCUUAAAGAGUAUGGUGUAUCAUGGGGAAAGUUGUCUCUUAUAGGUAACACUUGACUACCUCCCAAAAAACAGGGAUAAGGCCAUCUCUUCCAAUGAGCUUCUUUUUAUGUAGAAUCUCGUCCUUGAGGUUGAAAAAGCAAGAACUGUAGGAAGCCUAUCUGAUACCUUAGGAAGCACUUGUUUCAAAUAGUUUUCUAAGUCAAAAAAUUUCAGUGCCUAGACGUCAUUUUUCCAUUUCCAUAAACUAAGUGCUCUGCUGUUGUCAAAAGAAGGAAAUGACCACAUGUGGUCAGUUAAUGCUUUCAUUAGAUAGUAAAGUCAGUAGUGAAAAUGGACUUUUCCCUGUGAUUUCUAACUCAUAAUGCUAAUUUUACUCAGGGCAUAGAUUAACUAGUGCAUUAAAUACUUUUUACCAUUAUGUCGUCUACUGUUGUAAAUUCUUAGAUGCCUAAAAAUGGUAUUUUAUCAGUCUAGCUUUCUACCUUAUUUUAAAAAUGGCUUUUUAAAAAUGGCUUUUUUAAAAAAUUGUUAUGGCUCUUCUUCAGUUUUCUUUGUGUUUGAAACAACUUAUUUUGUCUUUUAAAUCAAAAUAGCUAUGGGCCCCAUCUUAGGUUAAGUACCAGUCUCUUUGUAUUGGACUGUUCCUGAAAUGAAGAGGUGAAAUUAUGUUUUACUUAACAGCACAAAUUAUUAAUUUCUUCUGCUCAAUAUGACAUCUUAACUGAGCAUGUCUUCUAAUACCAAGGAUAUGAAUCUUGUAUAGAUUCAAUAUUAUGUGAUGAGAGAUAUUAUACAUAAGAUGCAAACCUUAGCAAUUAGGUUGAUAUUUGUGCAUAUUUAAUAGAACCAAUUAUUAGGAAAAUAUUUUUUAACAUGGGGCAAACUCCAAUGAAACUUAAAUGUGUAUGUUAAUUAAUAUUUACUCUGAUGUAAAACAUACUGUCUUUAGUAAGUUUACUUCCAGAUAAAUAUACAUAGAAUUGCAUCUUAGGGCACAUUUACAGUAAAUCCCAUUAUUGUGCUUUCUGAAAAUAAGGCUUUAAGAGUGCUAAAUAUUCAUACAUACACAGAAAUAAAUCCCACUGUGUACUACCAGGUCUUUGUAUAGAACAGUACUGUAUUACAUUUUAAAUUGGUUAGAUUUACAUUUUGAAAUGUGUGGAAAGUAUUCAGAACUAAAUGUGGAAUUAAACAUAAGAGAGGAAUUAAACACAAUAGUGUAUAACAAUGUGCUUUUAAAAAGCUUGUUUAUUUCCACUAUACUGAAUGCAACUUACAUAAGUAACUUUAAACAUGAGUGAAUUAAAUGUUUUUUUAUUCAUUUCUUUGAAACCUUAGAAGCUUUUCUGGAAUUAUUUUGUUGGAUUUUUUUUUUUUACUUUGUGAAAGUAAAGUUUCCUGCCUUGAUGCAAUUUCAGCAUAAAUUUUCCAGUAAAACUGCUUUCAGUUUAUAUGUUCUGUUGCUCCAAAGUAAUCAAGUAGAUUAAUACUGAUAGGAGCACUUCAUAUUAAACCAAACAAAGCAAAGCUGUAGCCCAUACAAUACUUGUUUCCCACUAUGUAAAUUGAGUUGUGGUGAACCAUGAAUUUGCUUGUAAGUCCUUCUUUCAUGAGGUUAGAAGCUUUCCCUUAUGCUUUCAAAUAAACCACAGUUCUCCACAAUGUUCAGAUGUGUGCAUAGUUCUCCCCGUGUAUAUUUUUCAUGUAUUCUCUUUCUGAUUUCGCUAAUUUAAGCACAUUGUGUCUGUGUCCCAUCCCCCCCAGCAAGGAGGGGCAAGGGGGCAAUCCCUGUGCUUUUUUGCUAUCUCGUGAAAUACUUUGUUUUCAAUUACAUCUGAAUCAUGCUUUUUAAUUCUUCAGUAGUGAUGUGGGAAUGCAUUCUGCCAUUUUCACCUAAAUUGGGGGUGGCAGCUUUAAGACUUGUGGCAGCUUUAAGACUUGUGCACUUCAACUCCCAGAAUUCCCUAGCCAGCCUUGUUAAAUCCACAGGUCUUAAAGUGCCAAGGUUGGACACCCCUGGUUUACAUAAUAUGUUUUUCAUUCAUUGGAAAAAAAUGACCAAAUGAAGUUGUGUGCAUAGCACCAAAAAUAAAAAUCUAAAUAGCUUGUUCUGUUGUUCGGAUGUAAAGAAGGAAUUGGUUUCUAGCUUUUGCAUUGUAUUGCAAUAUGUAGUAACAAAUGGUUAGUAAAUUACUUGCAGCAUAUUAAUUUCAAUUUAAUUCAAAACACUACAGUUUAAUGCUCUGAAUUUGUUCUACAUUGCACUAGCAAUUAAUAAGUUAGAAACUUUCCAUUUCGAUACAGAAUAAAGCAAUAACUAUAUCAAUGCAGUUGUUGAUUUAACUGCAGAUGUUCUAAUUGAUACCAAUUUGUUAAUGACUGUUACAUGAUUCUAACAUCUGCCAAAUUUGCAUUCAGCAAAAAUGUAAGUGAAAAUUAUAAUUCACUCUUAGAGUCCCUGUUUACAUGUGCAUUCUUAAACUGAUGGGGAAGGGUUUGUGUAUGUAUUCAUUUAAUUUUAUGCUACCCUUCAAAAUAGUGUACACUACCCUAAAACUGUUGUAUAGUACAUAUUGGGUAGAAUAAAUUAAGUAAAUAUUAAGUAGUUUGUUUCUCUGCAUAGAUACAUUCUGGAAUUCCACUGGUUUGCCCUUAAGGAAAAAUAAUAUAUCUGGAGUAUAGAGCAGAGCACUAGCUAAAAUGUUAAUUUGAGUUAUAGCUCCUCCUUCAACCAACUAUUUGGGAUGUUCUUUGAAUGGCUUCAAACAAAUUAUGUUUAGGAAGUGUGUAAAAAAUUUUUUUCAGCAAACUCAUUUUAAAGUUUUAAUCAGCUGACAUACACAUGCUUGCUCAGUGUUUCCUGACAGUAAUUGUGAUAGCUUUAUAAUACUUGAUCAGUCUGAAUAGUUGACUGAGUAUAAGAGUAGCUUGCAAUCUUUUCAGGCUAAUGAUUAAGCCACAUUGCAAAAGAAAAAGUAGAAGAUCUACAAAUAUUCUUGACAAACAAACCCUUAGAGUCAUAGUAGUUUUGAGGCAAUGAAGAAUGUACUUGGACAGGCUUGGCCUCUUUCUAUGCUGCACUUCAUUUGUAGUAUUGUUAUCAGUAGCUAAUCUCAGCUAUAUUUAUAUAUUUUUAAAUAUCCCUGCUUAAAAUACUGACAAAGGAUUUAGAACAGUAAUGGACACCUUGAAAAAGCAUUUUCGUUAAAAAAUAUACAAUUUAAGACAAGGGUGUCCAACCUUGGCAACUUUAAGACCUGAGGGCUUCAACUCCCAGAAUUCCUCAGCCAGCAUUCUUAGAAUUCUGGGAGUUGACUUUGACAAAGUUGAACAUCCCUGGUUAAAAAUGAAGUUUUUUUCUUUUAGGAUGACUCACUAAAGGAACAGAACAAUCUGAACAGUUUGAAUAAACCACACAAUUCAGCUUCUGGAUUUUGUCCCCAGCUUGUAGAUUUUUGUUAUUCCCUACAGAAAAAUAAGGCAAAUAUACCAAACUGCAUCACUGAAGGAUCCAUUUCUGAUGCAAAAAUAUGGUUCAGAUUAUUAUUGGCCUCAGUAUUAAAUCAAAGGCAGUGAAUCUAUGAUGAUGUGAUGCAAUUCAAAUGUAAACCUUUUUUGUGCUACAGUAUUGCUUAGUAGAAGACUUUGUAAUACUUUCUGUGUAAUUUCCUUGAUUUUGCCAUUUUCAAACUACACGGUACCUAUUUUGGUGCAAUAAAAUGUCCUUUAUAGCUGCUUUCAUCGUUUUUAAUUGCUGCUAUAAUUUAGAUUUAAAUUAUUGUACUGUAACUACUUAGGAACCCUUAGUAUUUCCAUAUUCAUUAUCACUGUAUCCCCUCUUUCUUUAUAGAUUUGGAUCUUUUACUUUGCAAACUGAUGCUUAAUUUUGUGAUUUUAUUAAAUUCUGUGUGGAUUUGGAGAAGAGUUGGAAAUGUUAUUCUACUUAAGAUUGUAUUAGCUGGUUGUCACAGUAAAAGUGGAUGACAACGACCGAUGUCCGACUUUAGCUUUGGAUUUAUGUAUAUUAAAUGAAUUCUUUUUUUUUUUCUGAUUAUAUCAAACUUCAGAUUACAGACUGAUGCUUGGGGUUCUUUCCAUCCCUAAGCAGAUAUCUUCCAAUUCUAAUAAGCAAAAUCAUAAUAGUGACAAAGGCAUUGGGCAGCAAAGUGAAUUUUUCACUAUUUAUCAUUUACAUUUGGGUGUGUAUGGGGAUUUUGUAUGUGUUUAUAUAGAAUGUUCUAGUACUAAGCACAGUGUAAGUUAUUGUAUUAGUGUAUAAAAAGAAAAAAUAGUGUACUUUUUCUGGUUAAAUAAAGACAGUUUUUAAAUAAAAUUUUCUCCUAGAA